AUGGGUUGCAUUAGUUCCAAACACGUCGUCGCCGGAGUUCGUUCUCCGGCACCAACCAUCGGACCAGAUACCCCCGAGGUUGUUCCUUCAUCAAAGGUUCAUUCUAGUUUGUUACCUUUGGAUUCAAAAUCAUCAUUAGAGGAAAAUAAGAAUAGCAAGUUUAAUAAAAAUGCCUCCAAGAAAAGUAGUGGUGCAUUCAGCUUUAGAAUUGGGUUUGUUCAAAGGCAAGUUGAAGCUGAACAAAAUGCUGCUGGUUGGCCUCCAUGGCUUACGGCUUCUGCGGCCGAAGCUGUUCAAGGUUGGAUCCCUCUCAAAGCCGAAUCUUUUCAAAAGUUGGAUAAGAUUGGACAAGGUACAUAUAGCAGCGUUUUUCGAGCACGCGAAGUUGAAACAGGAAGAAUGUUUGCUCUAAAAAAAGUGAGGUUUGAUAAUUACCAAGCCGAGAGCAUAAGAUUCAUGGCAAGAGAAAUCACACUUCUAAGGAGGCUUGACCAUCCAAACAUAAUGAAAUUGGAAGGAAUAAUCACUUCUAGAAUGUCAAAUAGCAUAUACCUUGUGUUCGAAUACAUGGAACAUGAUCUUGCUGGCCUAGUUUCUCGUCCCGAUAUUGUUUUCACAGACUCACAGAUAAAAUGUUACAUGAGACAACUAUUAAGCGGACUUGAACAUUGUCAUGUUCGAGGUAUCAUGCAUAGAGACAUCAAAGUAUCGAACAUCUUGUUGAACAAUGAAGGUAUUCUUAAGAUAGGUGAUUUUGGAUUGGCAAACACAAUUAGUCCCAACAAUAAGCAUCAAUUAACGAGCCGCGUAGUAACGUUAUGGUAUCGUCCUCCUGAGCUCUUGAUGGGAGCAACUAACUACGGAGUUUCGGUUGAUUUGUGGAGUGUUGGAUGUGUUUUUGCAGAACUUUUUCUUGGCAAGCCUAUUCUUAAAGGGAGAACCGAGGUUGAACAAUUACACAAAGUUUUUAAGCUGUGUGGUUCUCCACCUGAAGAGUUUUGGAAAAAGACCAAACUUCCUCAUGCAACAAUGUUCAAACCUCAGGCUAACUACGAAAGCUCGCUUCGAGAAAAGUGUGCAGAUUUUCCUGAAUCGGCUGUAGGGUUACUCGAAACCUUACUAUCCAUCGAUCCUAACAACCGCGGAACCGCCUCCUCCGCUCUAAUAUCUGAGUAUUUCAACACUAAGCCAUAUGCUUGUAAUCCAUCAAACUUGCCAAAGUAUACACCAAGCAAGGAAAUGGAUGCUAAAGGCUAUGAAGAAACAUCAAGGAAAAAGACCGGGGAAAAAAUGCGAGAGGCUGCAACAUCUAAAAGGCAACAAAGACGCCACCAUAAGGAACAAAACAAUUUUGGUAAAUCAACUUCAAAAGAGAAUAUUUCUCAAAAUACUAGAAAAGAUGAUGGUAAAGCAAGUUUUUCAAAGGGAAAAGCAGGAUCUAUGAUAAAAGAUCACACUAAGACUUCAAUGGAUGCAAUGUUAGAGACUUCUCAAAAGCACAAUGUUGCCGACGGCAAUGGCUAUAGUGUUCCGGUCCACAUCAAAGGAGGAUCUAAUGAAUAUUCAUGGACAAAAAGAAGAAAACAAGAGGCAUCAUCCAUAUUAUCUGAUGGAUCAAGAAGUAAAAUUAGUGCAUUGGAUCCUAACUUUGCAAAAGAAACAUAUGAUUUAACUAAACAAAGGGUUUCCAUGGAUUUUGAUCCUAAGGAACUAUUGAAUGCACAGGGAAAGAAGGAUGAUCAAGGUGCAUAUUGGAAUGAAGGUGUGCGACGUGCGGCUCGUAAAUCAAGGUUUGGAAGAGAUAUAUGA